AUGGCGAGAGACGAAAGCACUGAACCGCCAGCACCUGGUUCGAAGAAAAGGCGUUUACAGGGAUCGUGCGAUAUAUGCCGGCAACGAAAAAGCGAUAGUGCAAAUAUGCCAGGUGGUAAAUGCUCGAAUUGUAUAGCAUUCAGUUCUGAAUGCACACAUGUGGCAGCGACGACCAAGAAGGUAAGACGAAGGACCAAAGUAAAUGGCACUAUUUUAUCCCCGAGAGACGAUCUUCAAGUCCAUAUCAAUGCUAUCCUUUCCACAACCACAAAUUAUAUCGUUCCCAAUGAUCCUACUCUCGUGCGCACCAUCCUAGUUGAUUUGGCGCAAUAUGUACGCCAACUUGAGGCAGAACUUGCCGCGACACGACAGAAUCAUUCACGCAGUUCAUCUAAAUCAAUGUCUCCCAAAGACGCCGAGCCAAAAUCUGAUUUUGACGAAGAUGAAGAUGAUCAGGAAGACAACAGCAUUUAUCUCACCGAACCAUUGAAUCGACUCACCGUCAGCCAAAGUCGCACACGUCAUUAUGGUAAAUCGAGCACGAUAAUGCUUGUAAAAACAGUCAUUGACUUGAAAAGCGCAACCUCUUGCACUUCGACGUUUCUUGACAACCGGCGGCCAGUAUUCUGGAAGGUUCAUCCGUGGCAACAUCCGGUUACGGGUCCCUCACCUCCCUUGGUGUUCCCUCCUCCAGACCUCAUUGAUGAUCUCGUCGACCUCUACUUGUCUACCACUAACCGCAGUAUAUGUAUCAUACAUGGUCCCUCCUUCAAGCGCUCCAUCGCUUCAGGGUUACACCUCACUUCCUCCACGUUUGGCAGUCUUGUUCUAGGUGUGUGUGCUCUUGCAUCCCGUUCUUCGAAUGAUCCUCGGGUAGGAGAAGGACACAGCGCUGGCUGGCAAUGGUACUUGCAGCUCCGGAUCAAUCCCCCGAACGCAUACUCCUCGCCGCCGACGAUUUGGGAUCUUCAACUUCUACCACUUAUGACUCUCUUCUUGUGUGGUUCGUCCACUCCGGAACCUAUCUGGCUCUUGACGGGCGUAGGCAUCCGUAUGGCUCAGGACGUCGGAGCGCACCGGAAACGAGUUGUCAAAGAGUGGGGGGUGCAGGAUGAGCUAUGGAAGCGAGUUUUUUGGGCAUUGGUAAUGCUUGACACUUUCGUUACUACCAUGUGUGGGAGGCCUAGGGCGACGCAUUCCGAGCAGUUUGAUGUGGAUUAUCCUCUGGAAGUUGAUGACGAAUACUGGCCUGGGGAGGAAUUAGCCGAUCCUAAAAAUCCGUGGACUCAACCGAGAACCAAACCGGCGAUACCAACAGCCUGGGUCAUACACCUAAAAUUACUUGAUAUCUUGAAUACCGCCCAGAUGACAAUUUACUCCGUUAAACGCCCAAAACAAUCGGAAGCGCUUCCAGCGGCGGAAUGGGAACAAAACAUGGUCAUCACACUUGAUUCUGCACUGAACAGCUGGAUCGACCAACUUCCCGAUCAUCUGAGAUGGGACCCUCAGAAUAUGAACGGCACAUUUCUCUGCCAGGCCGCCUCAUUAUAUUCAUCCUAUUAUUGGAUUCAGAUGCUCGUGCAUCGUUCGUUUAUGCCACGAGUACGCGGGCCCGGGAAAGGGAAGUCUAACGGAAACUUUCCUUCCCUUGCUAUCUGCACCAAUGCUGCACGAUCUUCUUGUCAUAUGGUAGAAGUGUUUUGCAAGAAAGGAGGCUUACCAGUAAUACCAAACAUCUUGCCUGCAGCGUAUCAGUCUGCUGUUGUGCUGGUCCUUCAUGUGUGGAGCGGAAAACGUCUUGGUUUAUCCACAAACAUUGUGCGUGAGAUGGAGGAUAUCCACAAAUGCAUGGCGGUGAUGAGCACAUAUGAGGCCCGGUAUCAAGGAGCUGGUCGAUAUUAG